AUGUCCGACGAGUUGCUUCUGUUUGGAGCUGCCGCAGCAGUACGCCUGCUGCUUUCUACUGUCUUUCCCGCGUUGCCCGGCCUUCUAGGUGGCCGUGUUGAAGUGUCCACACCCGUCACCAGCUUCAAGAGAUUACAAGAAGGCGUCUUUCUAUACACCCACAACGUCUCUCCGUACGAUGGCGGCAUAUACCACCAAGCACCCCUCCUUCUGCCACUCUUCGCGCUUCUCCCCAGUCCCACCGACUAUCCCAUCGCUACGGACGUCCUUUAUAUCGUGGUAGACCUCUUGAGUGCAUAUGCCAUCGGGCAGAUUGCAAACAGUGGCCAGAAUGUCGCAACUCGGCUGUUCACAUCAUCACGGAAAAACCUAAGAUGGAGCAGCCUAGCCAUUACAGCAGGCUUCCUUUUCAAUCCCUUCACCAUUGCCACGUGCCUGGCGCGCUCGACCUCGGCCUUCUCGAACCUGUUCAUCUUGACUGCCAUCGCCAAAGCCUCCCAAGGAGCCAGCAGCACCUUCAUACUUGCCUUGUCCUUUGCUGCAUACCUGUCUAUGCACCCAAUACUUUUAUUCCCACCUCUUUUGCUUCUUCUCUAUGAUGCACGCGCCAUGAAAACCAAGACGACGCCCGAUUUUUGGACUUUCACAGCUGCGCAUGCUGUCGGCUUGGUUGUUGCUAUUGGCGCACUGCUGUCAGCAUCUGCUUUCGUGACGGGCUCAUGGGACUUUUUGGGUGCUACCUAUGGCGUCAGGCUUCUGCUUCCGGAUCUUACGCCAAACGUGGGUCUGUGGUGGUACUUUUUCAUUGAGAUGUUUGAUUCGUUCCGCGAGUUCUUCUUGGGCGUCUUUUGGUUACACGCUGCUUCGUACAUGCCAGGCCUGACCAUUCGUCUUCACAAGCAGCCACUAUUUGUCGCCUGCACUCUGACCGGCGUAUUCGCCAUUUUCACUCCAUAUCCCAGCAUAGCAGACGCUGCUCUGUACCUUUCCCUUGUGCCUUUAUUCAGGCAUCUGUUUCCUUUGAUGCGAUACACCUUCAUGGCAUCGGCUGCCAUUUUGUAUGCAUCGGUCCUAGGGCCCGCAUUCUACCACCUGUGGGUGUAUGCGGGCUCGGGCAACGCCAACUUCUUCUACGCUAUCACUUUGGUCUGGAGCUUAGGUCUAUCCAUCAUCCUUGGCGACUCUAUGUACGCCGCGUUGAGGGAUGAACUCGAGGUCGAGCGGCCGGAAUUGCAAGGAAAGGAGGUCACGCGGAUAUGA